AAAAGCCAACGCACAAGAAAACAAAAAAAAAGGUGAAUCACAAACGUCAAAUGAAGAAAAUUUUGCGCCGACGUUGAGGUGAAAAAAGGCAAAACGUACGCGCCGUGCUGAAAUAAUUGGCUUUCGCGCGCGGGUUAUUCGGUGGCCAUUCCGCGGAACUCCCGCUCCGCCACCAUGACGGAGUUUUGCGACGACGUAAUUAAGCUGUUCCCGCUGCGGACCAUCCAGGAUGUGAUCAAGCUGUUUCGGCAGCAGCUGAACAAUCGGGACGACGAUCCGGACCUGACGCUGCUGUCGAUCGUGACCGGGCUGAUCGAGCACUCGCUGACCACCAAGGUGCUGGAAUCGUCGGGACCAGCGGGUGUGCAGCCGCACAUUGAAGUCAUAAGCAACUUCCCGGUCAUCAAGUACGACGUCAUAGAGGCACUGUACAAGAAGUUUAAAGCCGUGCUGGCACCGAUCGAGAAGCUGCUGGUCAAGACGGACUCCAAAUUUGCGAGUCGGGAGAUCAUCAAGAAGGUGUCCGACAUUAUUUGGAACUCGCUGCUGCGAAGUUCGUACAAAGACAGGGCUCAUCUGCAGAGCUUGUACAGCUAUUUGUGUGGAAACAAGUUGGACUGCUUCGGGGUUGCGUUCGCCGUGGUGGCCGGCUGCCAGAUGUUGGGAUUCCGCGACGUGCACCUGGCCAUUUCCGAGGAUCACGUGUGGGUAGUUUUCGGCAAGACCGGAGACGAAACCAUCGAAGUGACCUGGCACGGCAAGGGUGCCGAAGACAAACGUGGCCAGUCGGUUGCUGCGGGCGUCGAGUCCCAAACGUGGCUGUACGUGGCCGGCCAUCCGGUCGUUUGCAAUCGCUACAUGGAGGUGGCGGCCAUCGUUUCCGCCAUCAACCCCUCGUUGACGGCCACGAGCGCUUGCUUGGAAGUCGCGGACUUGCAGCAGCAGUUGCUGUGGCAGCUGUACGACAUGGGUCACCUGAAGAAGUACCCGAUGGCGCUGGGCUGCCUCGGGGAGCUGGAGGAAGUUUCGCCGACCGCGGGCCGACGCAGCUGCGAGGAUCUGUACAACGAGUCGGUGCGGUCGGCGCAGAUCUGCUACAAGAACCAUCACGUCUAUCCGUACACGUAUCAGGGUGGAUUCUACUACCGGCGGAACAAGUACCGGGAGGCGUUUGCCUCGUGGGCCGACAGCAGCGACGUCAUUAGACUCUACAACUACUCCCGGGACGACGAGGAGAUCUACAAGGAGUUCCUGGACAUUGCGAAUGAGCUGAUCCCGCAGGUGAUGAAGUUGGAGAGUUCGGGCCACUCGGCGCGCAGUAUCCUGCGGGAUUCGCACUGCUUCGCGAACCUGCUGCGCUUCUACGACGGUAUUUGCUGCUGGGAAGAGGGCAGCCAGACGCCGAUUCUGCACAUUGGCUGGGCCAAGCCGCUGGUCGCGACGAUCGCCAAGUUUGACCACGACAUCCGGUCGCAGGUCGUGAUCCGGUGCAGCGAGCAGAGCCCGCGGACGUUUCACGCCAACGGGAAUCUGGGGGCCGUGGAGGAGCCGGGCAAACCGCUGACCAACAACAAUAACAAUAUUGUGUGCAAGGCCGAUGCGAAUCUGGAAAACGGGAAGGCUAGCGGGCUGCCCAAGUCGCUGGAGGCGCUGGUGGGUAAGUGUGGCGAGAAGCUGCUGAAUCCGGACUUUUUGCUGCAGGGAGGAGGCCAACCGUUCACCUCGGAAGACGGUGGAGAAGCGGCGGCCGGAGAGACCAACGGAACCACGAGGAGUAGCCGGAAGCUGGCGGCGGUCGCGGAGAAGAAAGAAUCCGGCAACGGUAAGGUAGAGUGUAAGGUGGUUGAGCCGAAGAAGGAGUCACUCGAGCUGGUUGACUCCGAAGACGGAGGCCCCAAACGGCCCAUGAUUACUCUGUACAGCCAGAAGAUGAAGGGUCUGAAAGACCUGCUGCUGGCGGAGAAGCUCAACACGAACGCCAUCUCGCUGCAAAUUACGGCCCAGAGCCAGGUGCAAGUGGGGGGCAAAAAGUCCCGCUCACAAACGGGCGGGGCUCUCGGCGGGACGCCAAACGAGAACGAGGCCAACACUCGUUCCAAGCGCGCCCGGCGGGAGUAAAUCGAUCCCGCUUGACAACAAACGGAAACAUUCCCAGAGUUCUGUUUUAAAUUGCGGUCGCAGGGUGGACGUGGAAUAGCAUUCAAUGUUGCAUGCAAGUUAGCAUUACGAUGACGCUAGAUGGCAGCGUGAUCGCGAAGAAGGUAUUUGUCGCUACUGUUCUCGUUGCAUGGAAGGGGGAGAUUCCACGUCUGCUCGCCUGCGCGCUCAACAUUGAUCUUUUUGUGAUUAUUUUUAAACUAAUAGUACUACGCGCUCUUACUUGGUAUUCCGCGAGUGCGCUUGUAAAGUGCACCGCGCUUUUAUUCCGUUAAGGUUGAGAUUUGUUUUUUAAUUGUUUCACACUAUCUCUGCAUUCUCGAGCAAGCAUUGUGAUGCUGUUUUUUAAACAAAAAACAAAAAAAAACUUAUUUAUAUUUAUAAUCGUUAACUUAUUCUACCCUUCUUUACACUGUUUCUAUUGUUUCUAUUUAUUGAAGUUUUCGUUGUUGAUGCAUGAGUGCGUGAGCAUUUCUAGCGAGGCGGGCUUCCUUCUAAAGGUAAACAAAAAUCCCGCCUCAAAUGAGCUAUGUCAAAUUUCUUGUUUAAAAGCAAAACUCUAUUGCGACCUCCGACCAAACACAAGAUAAAAUCUAGUCCGGUCUGGAGGUUCGCGCACAAACAAUUACAAAAUGAAUGAAAGAGAAUCGGGUGACGGAUGAGCGGAAGAAAGAGUAACCUCAAUCAUUAGGACACACACACAGGACACAUCUCAAAACACAACAACCGGAAAUUGAAAGUACAAAAGCUUGCUAAAAUUUUCCCUUAGAAAACAAAAUCACGGAAAACGAAAUGUCUUAUCAAAAUUUACCUAGGUAAUGACCACAAACAAAUCUUAAAUUGAACAAAAUAAGAGGAAAAACCACUAAUCGGGUGUACCUUACAUUGGAUAAUAAGAUUUAUAGAAAAUAAUAACAGCAGAAAAAUUGGAAUCGGACACAAGGACAAUUGGAUGCGAAAAGGACAUGGAAUGCAAUACAUUAUUUGGACGAGCGUUACGUGAUUGAGUGGAAUGAAAAUGUUUGGACAGAAAAUAGGAGUUAUGGAAAUAGCAAAAAAAAACUAAAUGUUUUUGUUUUCGAUGUUUGUUACGUACCUACUUGGUGAGCUUUCGAUUGGUAUCAAAAAUAUAUUUUAAAAAUCUAAAUAUUAUCUACCAUAUAUUCAACCUUAGAGUAAUUAAGAAAAAAUGCAAUGAAAUUUUUCGAUUGUAUCACGAUUCAACUUGGUUUAAAGUUGCUAUCAUUGGUUGGUGUCCAGAAUAAACAUUAUAUUGUUUCAAUCACAAACCCAUCAAAAAUAUUAAAAACAGUAAUUCAUGUUUAAAUUAAUGCUUGAAAGUUUAUCAAUAAAUGAUAAAAAUUUAGCACAGACACCAACCAAUGAAAGUUACAGAAUUUUAUUUUUAAUUAGAAAACAUUAAAAAAAAAUCACAGUUCAUUAGGAAACCCUUUUUUUUUGCUUCUCUAAGACAAGAAUUUGAUCUUAGAGAAACUUGCUACACUGACACAUUUAAGAUUGGAAUUUUGUGGUACGCUCUUUUUUAAUAUUUACAUUUCCGAUCCUGAAACAUUCCCGAAACGGGCUUAAAUUUUUCACAAGCACAAUGUUGUUGCAGGCAAUUAUCUUUUGUUUUUAAUUAGCUUACCUAAAUGCCGACAUUUGUAUUCAGGUUUGUUGAAUUUCAGCAAAGCCGUUCUACGCAUAAUUGUCCCAUGUUCAAAAAAGGGCAACUGAGAAAAACGCGAUUGAAAUAUUUUGAUCGAUUUCUGUGUUUCUACGCAUAAUUGUCCCGUGGGUCCAUAUUCGCCCUAUAUGUCCGUAACAUUUUAUCACCCUUAUUCGUGAUCCUCUUGCAGGUAAACAAGAUAAAAUGCUUCGUAAAACUCUUGAUUUCGUGAUAGAAAAUACUUGGUGGGACAAUUAUGCGUAGAAGUUCAACGAUGGGACAAACAGACUUUGUGUUGUUUUCAAUGAUUUUCUAAGCAAAGUAAUAUAUUUUAUGUUUUUUGCUGAAAGUAUACGAAAACUAAACUUAAAAUUGAUGAAAAGUCAGAAUCGUCCAAAAAUGAUAUGGGACAAUUACCCAAACAUAAAUAUUUCUCCUUGCAAAACUUGUAUGCAAGUUGCUAUAAAAAUGUCAAACUUCAGUAAAUUGAGAGUAUGUUAGUGAUAAUUUUUUUAUCAAAAAACCAUUUUUGGAAAGUAGAGAAAAAAUUUCUACAAAUCUACUGAUGCAAGAAGCGAUUUAUUUUCAAACCAUACAAAUUUGCUGCCGGAUCCGUUACAAUAUUUUUUAAAAGGGCGUAGCUCAAAAUUGUGAGGUUUUAAGAAACCCAUAAACUCAAAAAUUAGUAAUAGAAAGCACUAACUGUUUGUAUAACGCCGUAAUAAGUUUUAAAUUUAUGAAAAGAUAUUUCCCGCAUCACUGUUUGUAAAAUUUCGAUUAUUUUAUGUUUUUUUUUACAUAUAUUUCAUCAAAUUCUAAUGCAAUAUUUCUUUUAUUGUGCUAUUCAACAUCUUUUGUACACGUAGUUUUGACAGAUUCAGUGUUUGUCACAAAAAGCGGUCAAAAUAUUUUUUUUUCCAUUGAAGUUCAUGAAAAUGUUAUAGCAAUGGAAUACCUGUUUCAAUAAUAUAUUUUUCCCAUAUCACUUCUCAAAGUAAUGUGAUAAAACAUCACAAUUCGAGCGAACUUUAGUCCUUUUCUGCUGAAUCAGUUAGAUUCCUUAAGAAACAGUCACUUUCCUGUAGUUUUUAACUGUUUUUACACACACUCACUGUACGAAAAGUACCUCUCUUUAUGCCUAGUAUGUAGAAAUAAAUAAUAACACACACACACACACAGCAACAAAGUUUCAACGAUUAUUCCACUUGUAUUAAGAUGGUAUUCCAUUACAGGAAUCUUAAAUCUACCUUUACACUUUUUCACGGUUUUCUAGCUUCUUAAAAAAAAAAUUUCAGAAAGCUGGAACUGUUAAAAGAAGUAAAAAGUCUUGGCUUAUAUAUUUUGCCUUUCUUACUAAAGAAAGGUAUAGUGUUUGCUUUUGGCUCCGACGCCAAAUCAAGCUUCGUUCCCAAAUCAUUUCUCGAGAAAUAUUCAUUCGAAAAAUCUGCAAAAAAUCAUGGACGAUCGAUUUUCGACGCCCGAUCGAUUGACAAUGACAGAAUUCGUCUACCUCCAAUAUCCGAAUUUUGGCGCUUAAUUUACUGUAGAGCACGCGUGACGUCCGUGUGUGGUAAAAAAGUGCUCAAUUUUGUGGUAGGGGGUUUCUCAGAGCCCACAUUAUGGAUUUAAGCUCUCUUGGGCGCAUUUGAAAGGGGAUGUGCUGAACCUGAACCAGUUCCAUACCAAAUUUGAAUUUAUCCAUUUUUUAUGGGGACUCGGAGUGUGUUUUCACCAAAUCAGGCGGUUUUCAAAUGAAAAUUCGGUCGAAAAUUGAAGUAUUGAAAUCGUUUAUUUGUCCAAAAAAUUGCAUUUUUCCAGCCCUACAUCCUCCCAAAUUUUCAUCCAUGUCGGUAAUGUGGUUUUUGAUUUACAGCUUGUGGACUAAUUCACUGUGAGGGGGAAAAACCCCUAAAAAAGGUAAAAGCCAAUUUUCAUCAAAUGCCAAAACUAUUCCUUUGGCAUUUUAUCUAAUUUUUUUUCUCCACAUCAUAAUCUAGACCAUACUCGAUGUUCUGAAACAAAUUUGACCUCAUUUGGAUUUACCGUUCAGAUUUUAGAAAAUUUCCAUUUUUGCCUUUCUUACUAAAGAAAGGUAUAGUGUUUGCUUUUGGCUCCGACGCCAAAUCAAGCUUCGUUCCCAAAUCAUUUCUCGAGAAAUAUUCAUUCGAAAAAUCUGCAAAAAAUCAUGGACGAUCGAUUUUCGACGCCCGAUCGAUUGACAAUGACAGAAUUCGUCUACCUCCAAUAUCCGAAUUUUGGCGCUUAAUUUACUGUAGAGCACGCGUGACGUCCGUGUGUGGUAAAAAAGUGCUCAAUUUUGUGGUAGGGGGUUUCUCAGAGCCCACAUUAUGGAUUUAAGCUCUCUUGGGCGCAUUUGAAAGGGGAUGUGCUGAACCUGAACCAGUUCCAUACCAAAUUUGAAUUUAUCCAUUUUUUAUGGGGACUCGGAGUGUGUUUUCACCAAAUCCGGCGGUUUUCAAAUGAAAAUUCGGUCGAAAAUUGAAGUAUUGAAAUCGUUUAUUUGUCCAAAAAAUUGCAUUUUUCCAGCCCUACAUCCUCCCAAAUUUUCAUCCAUGUCGGUAAUGUGGUUUUUGAUUUACAGCUUGUGGACUAAUUCACUGUGAGGGGGAAAAACCCCUAAAAAAGGUAAAAGCCAAUUUUCACCAAAUGCCAAAACUAUUCCUUUGGCAUUUUAUCUAAUUUUUUUUCUCCACAUCAUAAUCUAGACCAUACUCGAUGUUCUGAAACAAAUUUGACCUCAUUUGGAUUUACCGUUCAGAUUUUAGAAAAUUUCCAUUUUUGCCUUUCUUACUAAAGAAAGGUAUAGUGUUUGCUUUUGGCUCCGACGCCAAAUCAAGCUUCGUUCCCAAAUCAUUUCUCGAGAAAUAUUCAUUCGAAAAAUCUGCAAAAAAUCAUGGACGAUCGAUUUUCGUCGCCUCGUCGUUGAGCUUCACAUGCAGACGCGAGCAAUGCUGGCGCGUGAUGCUGGCGCGUAUAGAGUUUUGAUACUAGAUUACCCCCUUUUAGUGCAAGUUGCUUUAUCGAUUGCUCGUUCAUCACACAUCGCCUAUCAUUAUUUUCUAUGCUAAGCUUCAGUUAACGCAAACUAGACGCAAGCAGCUAUCUGUUCUGAAGCCUCAUGCUCAUUCUUUUGCCUUUCUUUUUUGUUUUGCUCAUUCUCUGAUCGAACUCUGAGCGAACGAAUUUCUGGGAAGCGUUCAAGCUUCCCAUGUGCCAGUGACAACGCACAUCGCGGGUUUGGUUUUCUAGCUUCGGUACUAGCCUUUUUGUGUAUUAGUAUUUUUGUUCAUCGUACCAGCGCACCACGGUGGUUUAUUCGGUACGUUUGCGUUUGUCGUAGUGAAGUCCCACCGAGCGCUCAGUCGUUGUAUGCUUCCCAAUCCCAAAAACGCCUAAAUGCUUGCUUAUUGAAAGCUCUCAAUUUUGCCUAACGCCUAAAUGACAGUUUAGUGAAUUACAGUAGGCGUUUCAAAGCUUUCAAGAACAUUUAUGCGGCUUAACCAUUACAUCGUUGUUUACAACACGGCAAAUUCUCGGGUGUUGAAACACUUUCUGCCAGUUAUUUUGUAACCACUUUAACGCAUUGGAGCAAGACGGAAUUAUUUUGUUUUCUCGUUAAUUUUUAAUAUUUUGAAAAGUGCAAAAAAACACUCAGAGAAUACGAACAAUUUAGCGAUAUGCAGAAAACAUUACGAACAUCGCAAAUUGUGAGCUAAUUCUCUGUCUCAAAAACAAUGUGUUCUGAUUUAAAAAAUCGAAAAUGCUUGUGUGCGAGCACAGUUUACAACCGGCCAUGGCAAAUGGGGCAAAAACCAGCGCUUUUCAGUUAUAUGAAAAAAUAUGGUUGAGUUUCGAAUUGUAUUAUGAAUGGACCAUUCUUUAUAUUGCUAUUUCUUUGAAAAAAAAUAAAAAAAAAUCAACUGCCGUUAACUUCCUUUUGUAAGAAAGGCUCUAUCUCACCCCAGGUGGGAUUAAAUCGGGUUUUUUUAAUUAGUAUUCAUAAAAAAAUCAAACUUUUGAAACUCUGUGUGGGAAGAGAGAUUCAUUGCACAAUACACAGAAGAUUACACAAAUACAGAACACUCGAAGGAGCAAUUAGUUGUGUAAGUUUUUUACUAGAUCAUCCAGACUUCAAUAAUCAAAAUAAUACAAACGAUAGUUUGCAGUCAUUUAGCGCAAUAGUAAACAAAACAAAAACACACGAACUGAUUAUUAUUAUUUCCUAGAGGCAGAUGGUUAAGCUAAUUCUUAUUUUUUAACGAUAUCCACAAAAUCAACAGUACAACAGUGUGCGUUCUUUUUUAUGUUUAAUUAAUUGUCCAACAAGUGUUAGUCGAUAAGUAACCAAGCCGUGCUAUAAAACUAAACUGUAAACAUCAUCGUACUAAAUUUUGCGAAGCAAAAUGCAAAAAGCCAUCGAAACAGAAAACACAAGCAUCAUACUGAUCAUCAUCACACGGUAAAGAAGGUCUUUAUUCUUACCCAGAGGCUAUACCUAGGUUUUUUGAAUUGAUGCACGCUCCCAGAAAGCAUCCACUGGGCUGUUAAAAACUAAUUUUAAACUCUUUAAAAUUAAAUAAGAAGAAAAAACUUUUCCGUACUGGUUGAAUUCUGCAAUCCUAAUUUGUAAAAAUCGCUAUGCGAGGGAAGAGAAAGGGAUCUCAUGCCUGAUAAAGGUAGGAGAAUGUUUGUCACCAGAGAGAAGCAAACGAGAGAACGGAAGAGAGUGUCAAAGAGAGAGCAUAACAUAUGUAAUUUUGUGUCAGAGAGGAAAACUUUGGUGAAGUUGGUAUUCCACUACGGGAAGUUUUGACAUUAUCUGAGUUUCUCGAUUUUUUUUUGAGACUUCUGGGAAAUUUUUCAAUUGACAUUUAAACGUGUGGUAAACAAAUCUGAAAGGUUCACUUGUUUGCAAACCAAGUUUUUUUAUUGGAAUACCACCUUAACCAUUUAUCUUUCUACAAAUAUUUUGAAAGUGUAAAAGUUUAUCCUACAGACAUUGUAUAAUUCUGCAAGUACGCAACCACACCUAGAAACUAUUAAAAUACGCUUCAACAGUUCUUUAAAAAAAAACAAUUGUUUUUAUGUUGUGCCUAGCAAUCGCACCGUUGCGCAAUUCGAUGAAUCCUAGUGUUUGUUUUCCCUCUCUCAAUAAGCGUAAGUUUUAACCUGUAUAAAGUAUAUUUGUAGCGAGUUUCGAGGAGGGAGGAAAUCACAUCAAAAGCAUUGAGAAAAUGCCUAUCAUAAAAGAAAAAAAAACAAAAAGGUAGAAAGCAAAAACAAACACUUAACAAUACAGCAUACUAUUGGUAAUAUAUCGUAUAGUUAACUGUGAUCAGUAUAUGAAAUUUGUUUGGAAAAAGAAAAAAAAACAAUAAUAUUACUUGCAACUGAAAAUAAAACAACACUUCAUAACAACUUUAGAUACCUUGACGAUUGUAAACGAUAAAGAUUUUGCAGAGGAAAACACUGCACAAUGAAUAUACAGAACACUAAAUAAAGGAAAAGAUAAUAGACUUGCAAAAACACAUGUAAGAAAGAGGACAGAGAAGAAUACACAAUAUAAAAUUCUAUAUAUUUUUGAGAUACUAUUCAUAUAUUUAUAUAUUAAAAAUGUGAAGAAGAUAAAGGAAGAGAAAAACACACACAAGACAAAAGCAAGCACUUAACGAAAUGUUUUGGUUUUCUUUGAACAAAAAAAGGUACCAACUAACACACACUUUUUCAAAAUAUGGUAUGCUGCAUAAACAUUGAUUUUAAACACACAUUAGUUGGCACUAUCAGUAGUAGAAGAAAAUUAUCCCAAUAGUUGAAAAUUGAUGUUGAAAUUUGUAAAAUGAGGUUACUUUGCCACGAGAAAAAGAAAACACGAAAUAACUAUUUAGUUUCUAAGCUUAAGCAAAUAACUGAUUGUUGAGUAUGCAAUAACCGGGCCAACGUCCAGGUGGUAAAAUGUUUGGUUUAUUGAAGAAGAAAAAAGUUACAAAAAUCUGCAAUAUAUAUACACAAAACACUCAUAAACACCCAAACUUAAAUAACAUGAAAACAAAAACAACAACAACACAGUGGACAAAAGAAAAACAAGCAGUAAUAGAGCAAAACACAAUCAUUUAUUCACCCCCCGUACAGCAAAUUUCAAUAAUCGAUCCAGUAAAUAUCUAAUAGAAACUCAGCAAACUCACUAAGAAAUCCAGUAACAGAAGCAAACAGUAAAGUGGU